CGUAAGAUGGAGUUCUCUUUGCCUAGUUUGCCACUGCUGAAAAUCUUCUCCUAUCUGAAUGCCUUCAGUUUGCUACAGGCUGCCCAAGUGAACAAGGACUGGAAUAAAAUUGCAAGCAGUGACAUCCUGUGGAAGAAGCUCUGUGUGAAGAGAUGGGUCUUUUGCGAGGACGUCACCCCGCAGCUUCUGGGCACAGAGACAUGGAAGCAGUUCUUUCAUUAUAAAAUAUGGCAAGAACACACCAAGUCCCGGGAAAAGCCAGAAGAUUUCACUUACAAGGAAAUUCAUAUGAAGACAACAGGAUUUCGGGAACAUGCAUGUUAUCUCUCCGGGUGUGGCUUAACAAGAAACCAACAAGACAGAUCAGUUGUCUGUAUUGCAAAUCCCAAGGCCCAGAUUUCUGCCCGGGAUAUUCAUGAGGACAGGGAAGAUGGGGAGCCACAGCCCAAGCAGCUCAGAGAAGAGGAAGAGGAGCACAGGGAACUCAGGCUUCAGAACUAUGUCCCAGAGGAUGAAGACCUGAAGAGGUGUCAGGUCCCCCAGGCCAAACCAGUUGCAGGACCUGGCCAACCUGGCACCUUGGAAACCUGA